GCGCGCGGUCCCGUGACUAAUUGCAUCGGAACUUUAUAAUGUUUCCUGGCUCGGCUCUCCAGUGCGCAGCGAAUGGCGAGAUCUUUCCGUAAGACACUUUGUUUUGUUUAUUAUUAUUAUUUUUUUUAAUUUAUUAUUGUUGGCGCACUGCAGUCAAACACGGUGGAAUUCGAAUUUCGCCCGUGUCGAAUUAACGUUCUUUCGUUCUUCACCCUUCUUUCGACACGUCAGUACAGUGGGCUGGAUGACGAACGCGCGCACGUAACACACAAGCAGGGUGCCAUGGUGGAGGUUGCCCGCUGUGUCCGUGACCGGCGUCCUCAUACUGACGGCUGCUGAGGAGUUAGCCCGGUGGACUGGAACUCAAGUGCAACUUCACACAAGAGGACAAGGACUCCUGCCCUGUGGACGGUGACCGUACCUGAGCGGACAGGGACUCUUGCCCAGCGGGUAGUGGCUGUAUCUCAGUGGACGGACUGCUGCCAAGAGGACAAAGAUUUCUACCCACCAAGUGACUCCAUCUGAGAGUAAAAGGAUUCCCACCCUGCAAAAAUUUUUUAUCCCCCCCCCCCCCCCCCAUUGGAUAACGCCUAUCAGGCCACUUCACCGAAGAGGACAGAGUCCCACACUCAACAACUAUUGACACCUUCACUUUGGACAGAGACACUGCUGUCUUUCAGUCCACCCUCUCCGCCGCCCCCCCCCCCCCCCCAAAAAAAAAAUGGAGGAGCGGUCCCGUUACCCCAACGUCAGCAUCCCCUGCUACAAUGAACAGAGGGACAGGAAUAAGCGCUACACUGUUUACAAAGUGAUGGUCAGCGUUGGAAGACACGAGUGGUUUGUCUUCAGGAGAUAUGCAGAAUUCGAUAAACUGUACAACACGUUAAGGAAGCAGUUUCCUGCCCUGAACUUGAAGAUCCCUGCAAAGAGGAUAUUUGGGGACAAUUUUGAUCCUGAGUUUAUAAAGCAGAGAAGAACUGGACUCCAUGAAUUCAUCCAGAAGCUCGUCUCCCAUCCCCAGCUAAGCAGCCAUCCCGAUGUCCGUGCCUUCCUUCUCAUGGACAAAUCUAAGAAUCUGUCAGAUGCCUCCGAAGAUGAAGAUGACAAGAACAGCUCUGCUUCGGGAAAUAUCAACCUGGGACCUUCUGCCAAUCCUCAGGCGAAGCCCACAGACUUUGACUUCCUUAAGGUUAUUGGGAAGGGCAGUUUUGGCAAGGUUCUCCUCGCCAAGCGUAAACUGGAUGGGAAGUAUUAUGCAAUCAAAGUUCUGCAAAAGAGGGUGAUUGUACACAGGAGAGAGCAAAAGCACAUCAUGGCUGAGCGCAACGUCCUGCUGAAGAACGUCAAGCAUCCGUUCCUGGUGGGGCUGCACUACUCCUUCCAGACGACAGACAAGCUCUACUUUGUCCUGGACUUUGUCAAUGGGGGAGAACUCUUUUUCCACCUGCAAAGAGAGCGCACCUUUCCGGAACCCAGAGCAAAGUUCUACAUCGCCGAAAUGGCCAGCGCUUUGGGCUAUCUGCAUUCCUUGAACAUUGUCUACAGGGAUCUGAAACCAGAAAACAUUCUGCUCGACUAUCAAGGACACGUCGUCUUAACGGACUUCGGCUUGUGCAAGGAAGGCAUCUCCCUGGCCGAGACAACCACCACGUUUUGCGGGACACCCGAGUAUCUGGCCCCGGAGGUUUUGCGGAAGCAGCCGUACGACAACACGGUGGACUGGUGGUGCCUUGGCUCCGUCCUCUACGAGAUGCUCUAUGGCCUGCCCCCGUUCUACAGCAGGGACACCCACGAGAUGUACGACAACAUCCUGCACAAGGCUCUGCUCAUGCGGCCGGGGGCAUCGAGUCAGGCUUGGUCCAUCCUGCAAGGCCUGCUGGAGAAGGACCGCACCCGGAGGCUGGGCUCCGCGGACGACUUUAACGAGAUCAAAACGCACAGCUUCUUCUCUUCUGUCAACUGGGGUGACCUAGAGCAGAAGAAGAUUCGACCCCCAUUUAUUCCCCAUGUGAGCUCACUGUGCGAUAUAACAAACUUUGAUCCGGAAUUCACGGAGGAAACCGUUCCCAGGUCCGUGUGCUUCUCCUCGGACCGUUCCAUAGUGAACGCCAGCGUCUUGGAGGCAGAUGAUGCCUUCCUGGGCUUUUCCUACGCGCCGCCUUCCGACGACUCCUUCCUGUGAACGUGCCCCACCUACGCGUGUUCUUCUUCUUCACUGCAUUAGAACACAGAAAGCUUCGCCAAGGGCUUUCCCUUCACCCUCCCUUAACAUUCAUCUCAUUCUCCAUUUUCAAAGGGCCAUCUGACACCACCUUAAUUGACAUAAUAAAAAUAAGGGAAGAAUUCAUACCUUCAAAUGAAGCUUUCCCAGCUGAGAACCAAAGCCUGUACUGUGGAGGUGUCUCUAUCCAUGGUUCCGGGCAGCUGGCUUUCGUGAAAUUUUUAUGCAUUUGCUAUUUAUGUAACCAAGUUUUAGAAACUCGUAUGAUCUAGCAGGUGACGUGCUGUUAUCGUCAUUGUGUUUUUGUUAGAAAAAAAGUAAUACUACUCUUAGAUCUUCCUAAAUAUAUAUUUAUGUACAAAGUAAGGAACCAAGUUUAGAAUUUAUAUAUAGACACACAGGCACUUAAAAAGUAAAAUAAAUGUAACAAUUUCUUAUGAAUGUUUUUUGAGUAUAAUAUAUAUAUUUUUUUUUUUUUUUCCUGAACCAAAGGGUCAUCUUACAGUUGUUCUGUGAUCAAUCACUGUAUAGUUUUCCGAUCAGUUACGUUGUUGGUGUAGAAUUACAGAUUCCUCAAUAUAAAAUUACUUGGAAGGGCCAAUGAAUAUGAAGCCUCUGUGAAAUUGUUACAGAUCUGCAGAGGAUAUAGCUGCACAGUUUGUGUUCCCCUGUCCUACUUGAAGCUAACAAAUAGAUCUUUUUCAGGGUACACAAUAUAAUCCUGCUGGGUCUGCAUAAUUAACAUACAUUUGCUAUGCAUAUUUAUAAUCAAGCACUUAUCAUUUAUAGUUUUGUAUUUCCUAUUUUCCCCCUAACUGUAACUAGCUGUCCUGUGAUCCCCCCCCCUUCUUUAAACCAAGCAAUGUAAAUAUGGUGCAGUGAGAUUUUGAAAACCAAGCUGGCAAGUAACUAUGGUCAUAACACAAAUUAACUGAAAAUGUGUUUACAAAGUAUACUUUGUGCGUUAGGCCUCUUUUCAUAUGUACUGUAUGACUAAAGUUGUAGAUUCUUUGACUUUCUUUUAUUACUAGUUUGUGAAUGAUUACAUUGUAUAAAUCAUAAGUUUAAUAUAAUAUCAAGGAUGAGUUGGCGUGUUUAGACUGAGAAUUAUUGCUGUCCUCCCCGCGAUGUCUGUCAGAACUGAAGGAGCCACUAAAGUACUGAAGUUG